CUGUCAAAUUGUCAUAAUAAAAUUGUUUUACUAGAUUGUGAUACUGCAUUUUAAAAGUAAAUACUUUAAAUAGACAAAAAAUUCAUAUUAAAAUUUUCUUCAUUCCAACUAGAAGAAAUUCUGUGCUUACAGCGGUUAUGCCACAGAUAUUUUGUUAUUAAACAAUCUUGCAAAUAUUUGUAAAUGUCCGUGUCAUUGUGCGUAUUGCGUAUUGAAAUCGACGAAGAUCUACCCGAAAUGGGUGAUAAUGCAUCUGAAACAGAAGCAGCUAAAGAACAAAAGAAAAAGGACCGUGGUGCUAGAGAAAGUAAGACCAUAACAGUGGAGACAUAUGCCAGUGUGCUGAUCGGCUCUAAUACUGACUCCGGAAUCCUGCCUACAAGCUCAAGAAAAUCACCACCUGAAGAUAGUGUCUGUGAUGAAGAUGAGACAAUUAAUUUCUUCUGUGGUAACCCAUUAGUAGAGGUUACGAAAGGAGUUCUGCAUUUGUAUAAAGAAAAUGAAUUGAAAGAGGCUGAAGAAGCAAAGACACUGUGUCUGCUGUCAGUACCAGGUGCACUAGGAGCACCAGACCUGCUUGCAUUUGCUGCGGCUUGUCAACAAGAUAUAGCACAUGUUAGAGUACUGAGAGAUGGAUCGCUCGAUCAUUAUAUGGCUUUACUUACAUUCCGUACAUCAGAAGCAGCUCGUGAGUUCCACUCUGCGUUUGAUGGCGUGCCCUACAGCAGCCUGGAGCCGCAAUCACUGUGCCAUAUGGCAUGGGUGUCCCGUGUUGAGUGGGCCAGAGAUGGCACGCCGCCUCCCUCACACACUGAACUACCCACAUGUCCUGUGUGCUUGGAACGUAUGGACGAGAGCGUGGCUGGCGUGCUGAGCGUGCAAUGCGCGCACGCGUUCCACUCCGAAUGCCUGGUGCGGUGGCGUGACGCGCGCUGCCCGGUGUGCCGCUGUGCGCAGACUCCGGAGCCGCGAGGUGUGGCGCGCUGCGACCAGUGCCACACAGGCGCCGCUCACCUCGCACAGGGGGAGGAGGAGGUGGAGGGAGUGGGGGGCAGGGACGGGUUGGCUGAGGGUCUGCCUGAUGGGGUGACAGCUGGUGCGCUAUGGAUCUGCCUCAUCUGUGGACAUGUCGGCUGCGGCAGGUAUGAAGGUGGUCACGCUGCGAAACAUUUCCUCGCUUCCAACCACACUUACGCCUUACAAUUGGGAUCCAACAGGGUAUGGGACUAUGCAGGUGACAACUUCGUGCACCGGCUGGUACAGAACAAGACGGACGGCAAGCUGGUGGCGGCGGAGGGCGCGGGCGGGGAGGAGGCGGCGUGCGGCGGGGAGAAGAUGGACGCAGCUCAGCUUGAGUUCACCUACAUCCUCACGCAGCAGCUGGACGGACAGCGAGCUUACUACGAGGAUAAGAUCGCCAAGAUGGAAUCUGAGCGCACCGCAGAGUGCGAGGCGCUGAGGGCGCGCGCUGCAGCCGCGGAGGCGGAGAGUGCAGCGCUGCGCGGACAGGUGGCGCUGCUGACGCGCGACAAUAAGGCCCUCGACAGGCGCCUGCAAAACCUCACUGCAAAGAUGUCAACACUGCAGAGUGAACUGAGUGAGGAGCGCGGGCUGGCGGCGGCGCUUGCCGGCAGCCAGGCGCAGUGGCAAGAACAGGCGCGGCUCAAGGAACAGGCAUUCAUGCAAGAGGUGGCAGAACUCAAAGAGCAGCUACGCGAUGUGAUGUUCUUUGUAGAGGCUCGCGGUCAGCUCGAAAAGUCAGAAUGCGCGACGCAGGAGGAGAUAGCAUCCGCCAGCGUGUCCGUCGCUCCAGCCAAACCACGACGCAGACGACGCUGAGAAACAAAUAAAUCGAACGAUGACAUUGACAUGAGCUUAAACAGGUUUUGGUUAUAAUCGAAUCGAUUAUUGUGAAAAUCGAUUUCCUGAAAAAACUGUCAAUUAUUUGUGAUUGUAUUAAUUUAUUCAAAAUACAGGGCUUUUCAGGACACAAAAAUGUCCAUUUCAAAUAAAAAUAAUGUUAAGUUAGAUAAGUGAGAUUAUUUAUAAAAUGUAAGCUAAAUGGCACGACAAAGACUAAAAAAUUAUCAGUUCACUUAAUAUUUGUAAAAUAUGUACACGAAAUAUUGUAUUAGUUUGAUAAUGAAACAUCGCUUAUUCUUACAAAUAAAAUUUGGACAUAU